UUAGCCAGCUGACGCACCGCCACCACCACCACCUUUGCGUCGAUAAUUUCAAAUAAUUAAAUGUAAUGAGUUAUUUCGGUAAGCAAAAAAAUGACCGUUAAGGCCUACCCGGCAAAAAAUAAAUUAAUUAAUAAAUUAGUGAAAUAUUAGUUGGGGUAUUGCACGAGUGUGAUAAAGAAGAAAUGUCGGUUUGCAAAAAGUCAGUGAAUUCCCUACUAGAGCCACCCACUCCCAAGCAAUUAAAACACAUCUUACUUGACAAUAAUGAAAUUAGUGAGGAAAAGUUAAAACACAAUGAAAGUAUAAUUAACGAAUGGGUUAGUUGUCAGGCGCAUUUUCCAGAAAAUAUUGAUAAAAGAUUUAUAAGAAACAUCUUAAGAGGUUGCAAACAUUCCGUGGAAAAGACCAAACAAAGGCUGGAACAGCACUUGAUAGCCAGACAUAUGUAUCCAGAAGUUUACUCGAAUAGGUCGCCAUUUUCAAAGGAUAUUGUGCAAGCCAUGGACGUAAUAAAUAUAGCGGUUAUGCCGAAGCUCACGGAAAGUGGACACAGACUUUUUGCGUUAAGCUUAAACCGCUUUGAUCCAAGUGAAUUCAGUUUUGUCAGUGGAGUUAAACUGUUUUUUAUGUUGUAUGAGCUCAUGAUGGCCUCAGACAUCAUUUAUUCCGGUGACAUAGCGAUUUUCGACGCAGCAAACUGUACAACGUCACAUUUGACCAAAGUAUUUGGAACCUUUUUACGCACCACUACCAUGUUACUGAAAGAAGCCUACGCAAUAAGGUUAAAGGGGGUUUAUGUGGUCAAUGCACCAUCAGUUAUUGCUAAGAUGAUGGCAGCUAUAAAGCCUAUAGUACAUGCUAAAGUGAGAAAUUCGAUAUACAUCCACGAGGACUCUAGACACGUCCUGGACCGUUUUGGACCUGAAUAUCUUCCAUCUACGUUCGGAGGCACCCUAAAACCUUUGAGGGAAAUUACUUCCGAUUGUUAUGACGUGCUAAACGAUAAUGCCGACUGGUUCGAGGGUCAAAAUUCCGUCAAAAUCACCAGGCCACCGAAGAAGGUUCAGAAAAGGCUUCUUUUGGAGGACCUCGACCUGGGAUUAGAGGGAAGUUUUAGGAAGUUAGAGAUCGAUUAGCUUUAACCAGAUCGGGUUAGAUUAGUUAAUUUAUUAUAGUAGAGCCGGUUGUGAUGUUUUAUAAUAAAGGAUAAACUGUAUAUUACAACUCGUAAAAUAGGUUAAGGCAUGCGUUAUACUUUUUUAUGUGGUUAUUGUGACUAAAGAAAUAAUACCCAUCACUGGCUGUUACAGGGUCAUUUCUUGGCAACUUGUAUUAUAAUAGAUUUGUUAGGUAUAUGGACCCUAUUUUGGGUCUUUUUGCCAGUAUUACAAUAGAGCAUUAACAAGUUAAGACACUUUACACAAAGUGAUUAAUGGUCAUAGGGCUUUUAAAACAGUAAAUAAAAAAUUUUGUAAUUUU